AUGCAAUUGUCCUACGUGCCAAUUUGGCCCACGUCUUGCGUUGCUGGUCUGUUUGUUGCACAACGGAGAGAUCAGGCUUGCUGCAAUCACCGCCCUUCUCCACCCACGCUCGUGCCGCCCUCCGCGUCCUCGUCCUGCCUUGUAUGCACAGCCACCACGCGCCCCCGCUCGCCCCUCCUGCGCUUCUCCCGCUCCACCCUUCCCCGCCUUCGCCGCGCCGCGCCGCCCACUUCUGUCGACAUCGGCAGCUUCUCGCCGGCAAACAUGUUUUCGGUAGCGCUUCGUAAGCAAACACUUCUCGUUAAUUUAUCUCAGUCCCCUAAUAAGCAGCCUUGCACAUCCUGGCAUCCACCCCACCUCGGCCACUCUGCCCAUCCUAACAUCUGCCUGCCCCCACCCGCACCACAAUUACUGCCCUCUCCAGGAACUUGGCCUGUUCUGCCCACUCCGUCCAACCCUGACGCGAGUUCCCAGGACAUGGCGCUGAUGGUGCUGCAGUAUCUGGUGCCGCUGACGGUGCUGGUGAUCACGUAUUCGCUCAUAGCCACCGUGGUGUGGGGCCAGCGCACGCCGGGCGAAGCGCAGAAUGUCCGGGAUCAGCGCGUCGCACGCUCCAAGCGCAAGGAGACUCGUCAAUUUUACAUUGAAGCGAAAGCUUCUCUAAAACGUCAGCAGCUGGUGAAGGGUAGCACAGUUCAACCCUCAGAUAUAAUUCCAAAUCUGUGGGUGAAAUAA